UCUUGCAUUGCUUUACUACACGUGCACAGACUCUCUUAGCUGACAACUGACCAACAGAAUUUAACAGUGUGUAAAAGUAACUUCUUUUCAAACUAACAUCCUGUGUGCUUUUGAUAUUUUCAACUAUUCUCUGAGUUACACUCCAGAUUGGAAGUGUUGUAUCAUUUAUUUUCAAGAUGAAGUUUGAGAACAUACUGGCAGAGGUGAAUGGCUUUGGGAAAUUCCAGUUAAGGACGAUGCUCUUGAUGGUAAUUGCUCGUGUGACUUUGCCAUUUCACUUUUUGCUGAAUAAUUUCAUAGCGGUUAUUCCCUCUCACCACUGUGACGUCAGCUCUCUGGAUGAUGGAGUUGUUUUUAGGAAUUUAUCCCUGGCAGAGAGGCUUAUUGUUAGUAUUCCAAGCCAGGAGGAUGGGACUCCAAACUCCUGUCAGAUGUUUGCAGAGACUCAGUAUCAUCUGCUGGUCAACUCUUCCAACGUUACUGACCUGCUUACAGUGCCGUGUCAGAAUGGAUGGGUGUACGAUAACACCGACUUCAAGUCUACUGUUGUAACAGAGUGGGAUCUGGUUUGUGAUAACAGAAGAGUGAACAAAGCCACGGCAACUAUAUUCUUCAUGGGAGUCAUGGUUGGAGCAGCAGUAUUUGGUUAUCUUAGUGACAGGUUUGGCAGAAAAAGAACGCUUCUGGCGUCCUACGUGAUAACCACCUUCUUUGGAUUUGCAAGUGCUUUCUCAUAUAAUUUCGCCAUGUUUGCUGUCAUGAGGUUCUUUACUGGAUUUGGAAUUUCUGGAAUAAGUAUAAUCACCGUAGUCCUCUGUAUUGAAUGGGUGGACAUUAAGCAUCGCACUGCAGUAGGUAUUUUAAUGAGUUUGGACUGGAGUAUUUCUACUGCUGUACUACCUGUUGUAGCCUAUUUUGUGAAUGACUGGAGGUACCUGACCGCCACGGCAACCAGCCCACUGUUUCUGGCUAUGACCUGUUGGUGGUGGCUCCCCGAGUCUGCCAGAUGGCUAAUAAGCAAUGGAGAGUUGAACAGUGCUCAUUUUUACCUGAACAAGUGUGCAGAAUUAAAUGGCAGAAAGCAGUUCAUGGCUGACCUAAAGCCUGAGAGUCUGUCCACAGUGAUACUUGUAGACAAUGAAAACAGAAAAUAUUCCUAUUUGGACCUUGUGAAGACCCCCAGAAUGAGGAAACUGGCUCUGCUUACUGGCAUCGUGUGGUUUGGAGUGGCCUGUACAUAUUACGGAAUCAGCCUGAACGUCACUGGCUUUGGUGUGAACAUUUAUCUCACACAGUUCAUCUACGGCGUAACAGAAAUUCCUGCAAAAGCCUUCAUCUAUUUCACCCUGGACAAAAUUGGCAGACGGUUGAAUCAGGUUGGAGCACUCGUUCUGACUGGUCUGUGUAUAUUCUGCAACAUGUUUAUCCCUCAAGAUAAGGGGUCAUUUAGGACAGCUGUUGGAGCUUUGGGUAAAAUGUUCGCAGAGGCAGCUUUCACAACUGUAUUUCUGUACACAACAGAGCUUUACCCCACUGUAAUGAGGCAAAAUGGAUUGGGUUACAGCUCCUUCAUGGCCCGUGUAGGUGUGUCUGUAUCUCCCCUGAUCAUGCUUCUUGAAGACGUGUGGGGCCAUUUACCGAGUGCUAUUUUCUCCCUGGUGGCUUUGGCUGGAGGUCUGGCUGCUUCUUUUCUUCCUGAGACAAACAACGUCCGUCUACCAGAGACUAUUGAGGACAUUGAACAGACAAGAAGGACAAACUGUAGUGGCUUGUUUCAAAGGAAGACAUUUUGCACACAGCGAGAGGCCACGAUGAGGUUCGAGAACGUUCUAGCCGAUAUUAAUGGAUUUGGAAGAUUUCAGAUAAUGAUAAUUGUAAUCAGUUUCAUUGGCCGCUUCACAAUGCCCUGCCACUUCAUGCUAAACAACUUCAUAGCAGCUGUUCCCUCUCACCACUGCGACAUCAGCUCUCUGGAUGACGGAGGUGUUUUUAGGAAUUUAUCCCUGGCAGAGAGGCUUACUGUCAGUAUUCCAGUCCAGGAGGAUGGGACUCCAAACUCCUGUCAAAUGUUUGCUGAGCCUCAGUAUCAUCUGCUGCUCAACUCUUCCACCAUUGCUGAAAUACCGACAGUGCCAUGUCAGACUGGAUGGGUGUACGACAAUACCACCUUCAAGUCUACUCUGACCUCGCAGUGGGACCUGGUGUGUGAUAGAAGAGGGAAAAACAAAGCAACCGCUACCAUCUUCUUUGUUGGAGUUAUGUUUGGGGCCAUGUCCUUUGGAAGUCUGAGUGAUAGGUUUGGCCGAAGGAUCAUGCUGCUGGUGUCGUAUGUGUCUGGAAUGCUUUUUGCUGUUGCAAGUGCUUUUUCUACAUCUUACUUGAUGUUUGCAGUGCUGAGGUUCUUCACUGGGUUUUGCAUCACUGGCAUCGUCAUUGUCUCAACAGUCCUCAGUGUAGAGUGGGUGGACAUUGAGCACAGGAAACUGGUGGGAGUGAUCGACAGCUUAUCCUGGACGUUUGGGAACACAGGAUUUGCAGCUAUUGCUUAUUUUGUGACAGACUGGCGGUGGCUAAUUGUUAGCGUCACCUCACCUCUAAUCUUGGCCAUCAUUACGUGGAGGUGGAUGCCCGAAUCAGCAAGGUGGCUCAUUGCCAACGGAAGGCUGGAGCAAGCUCAGAUGUAUUUGAAGAAAUGUGCCAAGAUGAACCAAACAGAAGAGCUAAUUGACACACUUAAAACAGAGACACUAUCUACUAUUGUUGUGACUGAGAAAAAAAAUCGGGUCUAUUCCUACCUCGACCUGAUACGAACACCCAAAAUGAGGAAACUGGCACUACGUACUGGUAUAGUGUGGUUUUGUGUGGCAACUACAUUUUACGGCAUCAGCUUCAACAUCACAGGCUUUGGGCUCAAUAUCUAUCUCACUCAGUUUACCUAUGCUCUGAUUGAGCUCCCAGCCAAAGUAGCAGUUUACUACUUACUGGAUAAGAUAGGCAGGCGAUCCACUGAGGUGGGAUCUCUGCUGUUGGCUGCCGUCUGUCUUGGGAUCAACAUUGUAGUACCUAAAGAUAUGUCCGUUGUCAGAACAGUGGUAGCGGUCAUUGGAAAAGGGUUUUCUUCAGCCUCCUUUGGUACCGUUGUGCUCUACAGUUCUGAGCUCUAUCCCACUGUAGUAAGGCAGAAUGGUAUGGGCUACAACUCCUUCAUGGCUCGACUUGGCGUGGCCGUGGCUCCUUUGAUCCUCCUACUGGACGAGGUGUGGAAGGAUCUGCCUCAGGUCGUCCUGUGCUCUGCAGCUGUACUGGGGGGAAUAGUGGCAAGAACGCUGUCAGAGACACGCAACAGGUGCCUGCCAGAGACCAUAGAGGACAUUGAACAGGAUUGGUGAACAGUCACUGCCAUCAGUGCAUACCCAGUCAUGAUGUUUUUUAGUAGUUCAAUUUGUAUAUAUAUAUUCUUAUUUGUAGAAUUACCUUCAGGUUUUAUCUAAAUAUUGGUUUGUUGGAAGGAUAUUUAGGAAGGUGUAAGGCAAACUUUAUCUGGAGAUUAAAGAUUGUGCUCUUUAAGUAACAUAGUAGUAACACAAGUUGGUACUAUUGACAGUAAAUAAUGACUUAAGGUGGUAUAGGGCAGUGGUUCCCAACCUUCUUUGGCUCAUGACCCUCUUCUAUGCUAUGCCAACCGUGAACUGUUUAUCCAAAGAUCCCUUCCUUUCCUUUCAAGUUUUUUCCCCCCAGAAAAAAAAAACAAAAACUUACUACUAAAAUGCAAGAUUUGAGUAAAGACAGAAAAAGUAAACACAAUUUUGUUUGGCAGUAAUUUUGUUUUCUUCUUCAUUCCUAUGUUGUUAUUCAUCGCUUAAGUUUUUACCUUGUGAUCCUUUAGGGCAUUAAUUAAGAAAACAGAAUCAUGCACUUGUUACUCUGAGGUAGUAUUCCCUUGUGUCAUCAAAAACCUUUCCAAGAUUGAUUUAGAU